AUGAAAUGUACCGAACAGGCUGGCGCACACCUGGAUACUGUCUGCUCCAAAGGCGUGCUCCUUCGAUGUGAAGGCGGGCACGCGACAGCUCCAUGGACGAUGGAUCUUGAGCAACCAAAACGACCGUCUUGCGGGAACCGGUUCUUACAACUGGGCUGCUCUGCAAGCGCGAUUAGCAUGAACCACCAGAAAGAUCACGCCCAUGCAUUACGUGAGGACGAGGUCUGUGAAGCGCUCUACUUCUCCGGAACCGCGCCGGCGACCGACUGUCUGGGGCCCAUCAGUGUCCGCGACAUUCCUGGUAAGGGCCGAGGCUUGGUUGCCCAGUGCGAGAUGCGGCCAGGGGAUCUAGUGAUGGCCGUACAGCCGGUCGUUGUACUUCACGGACAGCAGGACGCGAUGCCCUCCCCCGAGGCCCUCGUGGAGUAUCUGGAAAAGUCCUGGCCAUCAUUACCAGUACGGCACCGCUCCAUUGUACGACAAAUGUUCGUUGGAUCAAUCGACACUCAUGCCAGAACCACCAGCAACCACCAACCACCAACUGACAGGAAGUUGCCUAUCGCGUCUGAGGCUCGGGCUGCAGCAGACGCAGAAACUGCCGCAGGAACUUGCGGGGAUGGCAAUGAUAAUGGGGCCGUUGACUUUAGGGCCAUUGUGUCGUACAAUGCGUACGGCGACGAGUACGAGGAUCUCCCCGCAGCUGACUUGCGUGGGCUUCCCCCACGGAGUCACGUGGGUUUGUGGCCGUACUUUAACCAACUCAACCACGCGUGCGCGCCAAACUGCGUGCACUAUGUCGUGGGCUCCACGAUGGUCGUACGCGCCGUACAGGUAAUACCGGAGGGCUGUGAGUUGCUCGUGUCGUACCUUGGACGAGACGACCUGGCUCCACGACAAGUACGACAGGCAGCAUUAAAAGCCCGAUACGGCUUCAUAUGCAACUGCACGCGGUGUCAAACGGAGGCCGAGCUGCCGGAAGAGCUACAGGCUCUGCUGCAGCAAUUGUACGACAGGGCUCAACACGAGCUCGCGCCGCGGUUCGAGCGCCUGGCGGCAUCAGCGGCAUCAGCGGCGGAGGAAGAAGGAUUUUACGGCGCCGCUGGACCCAGGGGAGCGCUGCUGCUGCUGCUGCUGAUCUUCAUGGUUCCGGAGCGAGUAGUGCUGGUGCUGGUGCUGUGGGCUGGCCCAUCAUCAGGGACGCAGCAGCAGCAGCAGCAGUUAGCCUCCCUGGAGUCGAGACUGGAGGACUGUGCCCGGCAACUGCACCUAGCAAUACAGGCGCCCGUGGCAGCAUCUGCAGCCUGCAGGCUCCCUGGCUCUGGACGCCAGCUGACCCGGGUUCAAGCCGCACAGGCGGCAGCUUAUCAACUUAUGGAGCUGCUGCACUUGCACGCGGAGGUCACGGCCGCGGCAGCAGCUGGGGGCGGCCGCACUCAAGCUGCGGCAUCCGGGGCUCUGCAGGCGUGUUGGCAUGUGUUGGACGCCAUUAGUCGGGGCUCGGAGCUGCAGGUAUUUCAGGCUUGUAAAAUGCUGAGCGACGCGCUGCAAGCAACAUCACGCCACCACAACCAUCGCCACGGCAAGGACGGCAGGGACCGAACGGCGAAGACAGCCGAGCGACAGCCCAAGUCGUCACCGUCACCGUCACCGCCAGACGGCUCUCCUCUGCCUACCUGCCCGCCCCCAGUCCUGACGACUCCGCCGCCGGACGAGGUUCGGGAGGCAGCAUCUCUGCUGGGGUUGUCACUGCUGGCCCGGUACGGCAAACUGCAGGGCCAGCGGCUGACGCGGAUGACGCAGGCAGCCAUUCGGACGAGCCAGCGGUUCUUCUGA